GGGUAAGAACCUCGGGGACAGUCAAGGCGGCAAGAGGGCGGCGAGAAGAGUUUCUAAUCCGGCUGCCGCCUCGCCCGACUCCAAUCGGUCGGAGCUCGAGCCCUUCUCUCCUCCUAGUAACCGGACGAAUUGGGUCUAAGGGCCCAAGAACAUAGAAACGACCGCGCCAACGCCAAAGGAACAAGGUUAGGACGAGACAAGUGGAGCGGUGGCCUUGAAAUUGGUGUUUGAAGAAUAAGAAAGGCCAAGGAGGAGGGCCCAGGAGAUGCUGCAGGAUAAGGGCCUGUCGGAGAGCGAGGAGGCCUUCCGGGCCCCGGGCUCGGUGCUCGGCGAGGCCAGCGCCGCCAACGCCGCCAACGCCCCCGAGCCCGCGCUGGCCGCGCCGGGCCUCAGCGGAGCCGCGCUUGGCAGCCCCCCGGGCCCCGGCGCCGACAUCGCCACCGCUGCCGCCGCCGAGCAGACUAUCGAGAACAUCAAGGUGGGCCUGCAUGAGAAGGAGCUCUGGAAGAAGUUUCACGAGGCGGGCACCGAGAUGAUCAUCACCAAGGCGGGCAGGAGGAUGUUCCCCAGCUACAAGGUAAAAGUCACAGGCAUGAACCCCAAGACCAAGUACAUCCUGCUGAUCGACAUCGUCCCUGCGGAUGACCACCGCUACAAGUUCUGUGACAACAAAUGGAUGGUGGCAGGGAAGGCUGAGCCGGCCAUGCCCGGAAGGCUCUACGUUCACCCGGAUUCUCCUGCCACUGGGGCCCACUGGAUGCGGCAGCUGGUCUCCUUCCAGAAGCUGAAGCUGACAAACAACCACCUGGACCCCUUCGGCCAUAUCAUCCUCAACUCCAUGCACAAGUACCAGCCGCGGCUACACAUCGUGAAGGCUGACGAGAACAAUGCUUUUGGCUCCAAAAACACAGCUUUCUGCACCCACGUGUUCCCAGAAACUUCCUUCAUCUCUGUGACCUCCUACCAGAAUCACAAGAUCACACAGCUGAAAAUUGAGAACAACCCUUUUGCCAAGGGGUUCCGGGGCAGUGACGACAGUGACCUGCGCGUGGCCCGGCUGCAGAGCAAAGAAUAUCCCGUGAUCUCCAAAAGCAUCAUGAGGCAGAGGCUCGUCUCCACCCAGCUGGCAUCCAAGCCUGACGUCAGCCCCCUGCAUGGGGCUCACCAGGCGCUCCAGCACUACCAGUACGAGAACGGGGCUCACAUGCAGUUCGCUGCGGCUGAGCCCCAGGACCUUCCCCUCAACACCUUCCCAGCCCAGAGGGACUCCAGCCUCUUCUAUCACUGCCUGAAAAGACGAGACAGCGCCCGCCACCUGGACUUACCCUGCAAAAGAUCUUAUCUGGAAGCUCCCACUGCAGUGGGGGAGGAUCAUUAUUUCCGGUCUCCCCCUCCCUACGACCAACAGAUGCUGAGCCCCUCCUACUGCAGUGAGGUGACCCCACGAGAAGCCUGCAUGUACUCAGGUUCAGGGACCGAGAUCGCCGGUGUGUCCGGGGUGGACGACUUGCCCCCGCCCCCACUGAGCUGUAACAUGUGGACGUCAGUGUCGCCGUACACGAGCUACAGCGUUCAGACCGUGGAGACUGUGCCUUACCAGUCCUUCCCCACGCACUUCACCGCCACCACUAUGAUGCCCCGGCUGCCCGCCAUCUCGGCUCCGAGCUCCCAGCCACCCGGAAGUGCCCACUUCAGCGUCUACAAUCAGCUCUCACAGUCUCAGGUCCGAGAGCGAGAGCGGGGGCCCGGCGCCUCCUUCCCGAGGGAGCGCGGCUUCCCUGGCACCGGCACCGCGUGCGAGCGGAAGCCGCCCUCGCCGCACCUGAAUGCUGCCAACGAGUUUCUCUACUCGCAGAGCUUCUCCUUAUCCCGGGAAGCCUCCUUACAGUAUCAUUCAGGAAUGGGGACUGUCGAGAACUGGACUGACGGAUGACUCUCAGGGCCCGCCCACAGCCCCAGUACCGGGUUGACCCAGCAUUAACCUCUGAGGGUGGCGUGCACUACCAAGAAACACAGGAAGGUAUCAUAAAGGGUGGGGUGUGAGUGCGCGUGAGCGUUUCUUUGGAGGGCAUCUAUCUUCUGACAUAAGACUGAGGCCAUGACAAAGGAAAAAACACACUAUCUCGGAAGUGAUUUUGGCUGCAGGACCUGGAUCCACUGUUAUCUGAUAUCUCUUGACAUGCCCAUGGGUGGGAUGGGAGUGGAGAGUUCAGGUGGUGAGGUCUCUCCCGCAGGGGAAGUCGGGGUGGGAGGGGUCUCUGCACAUCUUAAGAGCCCUGGCCUUGCAAGGGAGCUGAGAAUCUUGUUUUGGGAGCAGGAGGCCCAUUCCUUGGGCUUCCGGAGAUUCUGUGAGACCACGUGACAGGUGGGCUCAGCUAAGCCACGAAGCCCUUCUGGGAGAGGAGCGCUGACUGCUCAGUUAGUGGCCCGGAAAUUGAUCCCCGGAGCUCUGAGGUCUGAGGGACAAUUUUUAGAGAGUCAUGGGCUAAGUGCCACCUGAUGGGUAUUAAAACAUUGCUUUUUCCUUCAAGAGGGAAAACACAACCAGUAGCAUCUCUGGCAUCAUUCAGGUUUUCUUAUAACGUACAAAGCCCUUCCCCCUCCGUCCCCAGUAUACAGCCCCUCACCCUCUCUGGUGCACAAGACUCACCUCUCAGGCCCCAUCUGCGUCCUACGACUGGCCAGUAGGAAGCACACUUGACCUGGCAGUGUCCCCAGGAGACCACACUGGAGCUGCUGCCCAGCAGCUCUAGAGCCCGUUCUGCUCCCAGAAAAUCCUCGCCUCUGGAGCAAGAAAGCCCAACAGAAAUAAAAAUGAGAAUUCAGAAGACAUUCAUUUCUUCCAGUGAAUUCAGCCAGUGAGCUCAGAGGAGCAAGGAUAAUUCUUCUCCAGGGAGGUGGAUCUCGUCCUCAGCUCAGCUCUUUAGCAUUGAAAGUCACCAGACCGUCCCUGUGGCUGGUGUGAACUCUGUAAUCAAAUUUGGGAAAUCACUAAACUCUUUGCAUGCUGAAUAGCUAUUUAUAUAUUAUAUAAAUAAAUAAAUAAAAUAAAAUAUAUAAAUAUAUAUAUCUCACAAAUGCAGGCCACAUGUCCAAUUCAGCUUUGCUUUUUUACAAAUGAAUAAACUUAAUAAAAUGAACGUUGGAGAGGGUGUUUGGAAAGACAUCUAUUUAAAUCUUUAUUACACAUUUGAUGUUAAAAACAAAGAAUGGUUUAGAUAAAACAUACAAAUAAAUAAUUAUAUAUAAACACACACACACUACAGAUUACACUUUAUUAGAAGACACAUUAGCUA